CAACUUGAGGAUUUGGAAUCUUUGUCCCUUGAUUCAAACCAUAUUGAAGGUCCCAUCCCUGUAGAAUUUGAGAACCUGUUCCAUUUGAAAGCUUUAGACCUUUCCAAUAACAAUAUUUCUGGUGUUAUACCAUCUGGGAUUGGACAACUCUCUAGGCUUUCAACUUUAGAUAUUUCCAACAAUAGCCUUAAGGGACCAAUUCCAUUUGGUAUUCUAAAUCAUUGCAGUUAUGUGCAGCUAAGUAACAACCUUUUAAGUGGACAUAUUCCUUCUCAAAUUGGCAAUCUUUCUUACCUAGACCUCAGUAAUAAUAGCCUCUCAGGAAGCAUACCAGAGGGACUCCAUUCCGUUCCAUAUCUCAAUAUAUCUUACAAUUCCUUUGUUCCAGAUACACACUUUUGUGGUUUUCCAAGUGAAGCACUGAUUGGUAAUAAGCAGUCACCCUCUUGCUCUUCUCCAUAUAGUACCAUAGCACUAGUUUCCCUUGCUGCCUUGAAUUACCUCUUCAUUACAACAGUGUUCAUAUGGCUUGGAAUCAGUGUCUUCUGUCCCCUCCAAAGAGAGUACGGAUUUGAGGAAAGAAGCAAGAAUGGGGAUAUCUUCUCAAUUUGGAACUAUGAUGGUAAAAUUGCAUUUAAAGACAUAAUCAAAGCCACAGAAGACUUUGAUAUAAGGUAUUGCAUUGGAACAGGUGCUUAUGGAAGUGUCUACAAAGCACAGCUUCCUAGUGGCAGAAAUGUUGCACUAAAGAAACUUCACAAUACAGAGUCUGAAAAUCCAUCAUUUUACAAGAGUUUUAGCAAUGAGGUCAAGGUCUUGACAGAAAUUCGCCACCGCAACAUCAUUAGGCUUUAUGGUUUUUGUUUGCACAACAGCUGUAUGUUUUUGAUGUAUGAGUAUAUGGAAAAGGGAAGCUUGUUCUAUAACCUAGCCAUUGAUGAAGAAGCUCAAGAGUUGAAUUGGAGUAAGAGAGUAAACAUUAUCAAUGGGACUGCAUUUGCUCUCACUCAUAUGCACCAUCAUUGCACUCCACCCAUUGUCCAUCGAGAUGUAACUAGUACCAAUGUUUUGUUGACUUCAAAUUUAGAAGCUUGUCUAUUAGAUUUUGGUACAGCUAAACUACUUUCUUCUGAUUCAUCUAAUCAAACUCUAUUAGCUGGCACUCCCGGAUACGUUGCUCCAGAACUGGCUUACAGCAUCAACGUGACAACAAAAUGUGAUGUUUAUAGCUUUGGAGUGGUGACUUUGGAAACAAUAAUGGGAGAACAUCCUAAGGAACUACUUUCCAAUAUGUCAAAACCAUCUCCAAAGAUCAUGAUCAAAGAUGUAUUGGAUUCACGUAUCCCAUUGCCCUUUCUUCGAAAAGACAUGCGGGAUAUUGUACUUGUUCUAACAUUAACAUUGGCAUGCUUGCAUCCCAACCCAAAAUCAAGACCUUCAAUACAGGACAUAGCUAAUGAGCUUUUGUUUUCAAAGUCGCCAUUGCUUUGGCAUUUUGAUGGUAUUUCAAUUCACCAACUUGUGAAUCAAGAAAUAUACGCAAUAGGUAAAAAUUAGGAGGUUUUUUAAUCAUAUUUUCUUAUGUGAUUGCCCUAAUUUUAUGUAUGAAAGCCAUCUUCUGUUUUGUUU